CUGCGUCUGGAGAAGAACGGCGGUGGUGUUUCACCAUGGGACUUUUACUCAGCCGGAUUCAGAGUGCUUUGCAGAGCUUCUAUGGGACGGAGGCUCGGAUUCUCCUGCUGGGCCUGGAUGCAGCUGGCAAAACCACCCUCCUCUAUAAGCUGAAGCUGAACGAAACCGUCACGACCAUUCCCACCAUCGGCUUCAAUGUGGAAACGAUUCAGCCCAUCAACAACGUCUCUUUCACCAUGUGGGAUGUGGGUGGUCAAGACCGGAUCAGAGUCCUGUGGAGGCAUUACCAUCCCAACUCAGAUGGGCUGGUCUUCGUGGUGGACAGUGCAGAUUGCACUCGCUUUGAGGAGGCCAAGUCCGAGUUGGAAGCCCUGCUGGAGACCAAGGACUUGCAAGACGUGCCCGUAGUGCUGCUGGCCAACAAGCAAGACUUGCCUGGAGCGUUGCCCCCCCCUAGAAGUGGCCGAAAAAAUGGGGCUGAGGAAACUGCGAGGGCACCGGUGGCAUGUGCAGGGCUGUUGUGCUGUGAACGGAGAUGGAAUCCCUGAGGCCAUGUGGAAGCUGUCUGAGAUGGUCAAGGUGUAUCGCAAAGCCCAGGGUAAAUAGUCAAUUGGGGAGGCAUAUAAAGACCCCCAUGUUGCAUGGAGGAAACAAGACAUCCUGCUAAUCAAUUGCUUCUUCUGGCUGAGAUGCCCUGGAGAUGCCUUCAUCUGUGCAAGGUCUAUAUGGGACUCUGUACUGCUUAUCCAGUGCUGCCAUGGGAUUUGAGAGAAGGUGCACAUGCCUUAAUGUGCUUCUUGGACACUGAACAUGGUAUGCUGUUGAACUAUUCACAGGGCUUUUGUGAUCUGUUGUCUGGACGGAUAAAGGCAUUCUCUUAAUUCAGAAUGUUUCUUAUGGGCCAACAUUGCUGCUUUCCCUUUUGUUCAACACAUCAUUAACCAAAACGAAAAUUCCUGGACUUUAAAACUUGAAUAAUCAGCCGCACCACUAUAAUCUCUGGAUCCUAGGUUAUUUGAGUGCUUCUGUAAUAUAAAGUUGAUCAUUUUCCAUUCUACUUCGCACUUGUUUAUUGGAAAAGCCCUUCUUUUUCCUCUUAAUUUGUAC